AUGGGUGACGAACCGACCAGCGAGUCGCCUUACGCGACCGGCUACCGCCGCGUCUCCAUCUCCGCGGCCCUGCACCGAGCAGACCCGCCGCCCAAGUACGCCACCAGCCUCUGCUCGGCCGCCUUCCUGCUCAAGCUGCUGCAGCUGGUGCUGACGACUGCGGCGGCGGCGCUGCUGGCCGAGGGUAACGGGCUGCUGCACGUGCCCGCCAGCCCCAAGCUCAUCUUCCCGCACGUCACCUACACCGCCUACAUCGUCAUCCCCAGCGUCAUCGUGCUCAGCUACCUGCUCGGCCAGAAGAUGCACGAGAUGCUGAUCCGCCUGGUGCUGGCUGUGGGCAUCGUGAUGCACGUGUCGGCAGCGGUGUGCGCAGGCGCGGAGCUGCGGCCCAACUGGGAGCAGUGGUCGGAGGGGAGCCUGCACCUGGGCAGGUGGCUGUGGGUGCUGGAGGCGCUCAUGGCGCUCGCCGCCGCCGUCGUCCAGGCCGCAGACCUCGCCACCUCCCUCACCCUCUCCUACCGGCGCGCCGCCUCCCUCUGAAGCCGCACCCACGCACUACUCCUC